UUUAUAUUUUUUGAAAAGAAAAUUAAUUUAUGUAUAAACUCCCUUCUACCCUUCUAGCGAUUUGAGCUCUAUAGACUACUGUCCUCGCUUCUACAGUCUAGCAAAGGAAAUCCAGCUUCUGUUGCAGAAAUGCCCAAAGUGAAGACAAACCGGAUCAAAUAUCCAGAUGGGUGGGAGUUGAUCGAGCCUACUCUUCGCGAGCUAGAUGCCAAGAUGAGGGAAGCUGAAAAUGAUCCUCAUGAUGGCAAGAGAAAAUGUGAAACUCUCUGGCCUAUUUUCAGAAUUGCCCAUCAAAGGAGCCGCUACAUUUUUGACAUUUAUUAUAAAACGAAUGAAAUUUCUAAAGAGCUUUACGAGUUCUGCUUGGAACAAGGUUAUGGCGAUCGUAACCUGAUUGCAAAAUGGAAAAAGCCAGGAUAUGAACGACUCUGCUGCCUACGCUGCAUUCAGCCAAGGGAUCACAACUUUGGCACAACUUGUGUUUGCAGGGUCCCCAAGCAUCUAAGGGAAGAAAAGGUUGUUGAGUGUGUUCAUUGUGGUUGUAGGGGCUGUGCAAGUGGGGAUUGAUGGCGACUUUGUAUAAAAUCUUCCUUUUUUCAUGGUACAGAGUUUCCUCUUGUUUAGACCCUAUCAUAAGUACCUGUUGUAACUGACUUUAAGAAAUGACUAUCAUGAAUCACGCUUUGUGUAUCAGGGCCUAACUGUUUGACAGAAACUGAGACUGAAUGAAGUCUAAGGUGGACCUUGACCAAAUUUCGUACUCAUCAAAUUUUCUUCUCAAAUAUUCAAACUGAGAAUAUGGCACAUAGUUGGGUACCUUUUCAUACCCUGGCGAGAUAAGAUAAAUAAAACAAUAGGAAUUUGUGCCCAACUAUUGGGUGAACCUGGCAGUUCUAUUUGAGGGUUGUUUGAUGAGAUUUGAACUAAAAGUAGAUUAUUGACUGGUAUUAUUUCCCUUUUUGUCCGGAAGACAUUAUUCCCUGAACAUGUUACUUUUAUUGCAAAUUGUAUGCCUGCUUAUCAUUA